AUGGGAAUUGGUGUCAAACUACAGAAGAUGUGGCAACAUUCCGACACCUAUAAAGAUAGACUUCAGACCAUGCUCCGUGGUAUGAUAAAUCAAGGGUUAGGUCACGCGUCUGGUCCACAUAGCAGCUUCAUUCCCUAUCACGUCGAUGCAAUCACACUACAACCAUUUGGAAAUGGUUGGCAAGAUGAAAUGGCAAUGGGGCGAGUGAUUGAGAGUGUAUUUAGGAGCUUGAAUAACCUACUUGAACAUCUCCACCAGAGCUUUUUCUUCUACAUUUUGAUGCAAACAAAUCGGUUUGUUAGCAUAGGCACUUUCCUUCCUAGCGCCAUGCUUCUGGGUAUCAACUUCACGAUCAUGGCAAUUUUUCUCUGGAUAAAAAGUGGUACCACAGCUUCUAGUGCUGAAACUGCGAGUACGAAAGAUAAAAUUCCUAGAUUAGCAUUAAGCCCAGACGUGAAGGAGAAAACUCUUAGCCCAGACGAGGAUGGUGUGAAUGUCGAAAGAGAGUUGUUCCUACCACUUGCUGUGGUCGCUGGAGUACAGUUUCUUGGAUUACUGCCCCUGUAUAUUUUUAAUAAUACCUCUCAGACACUUCUCCCCUUCAUAUUUGUUGUUUUCGCAGUAUUCAGCCUGUUUUUGCCUUUCAUGAUCUCAACCAUUUUGACCCACUACGUUUCACUUACAAUUCAACAUUACCAACUAAUAAAAUCCUUUUCGCUUCUUUUACUCGGACUAUUUCUCUCAUCUCUGGCAACAUUGAAUUUCUCGCUCGCCUUCUUUGUUGGCCUAUUUUCUGCUCCCUUGGCCUUUGUCAGACCUCUUCCUCAUUAUCCUAAGGUCUCUUUACUACUCGCAGCAUCGCUACAUUUAAUAGCCCCUCCAACUAUAGUCGCUCUCAGCACAUGGUUCUGGGGGUUCGAAAUCAGAGAUAUCUUAAAGGAAGCUGCAUUCGGUUGGAAUGUGUGGUGGAUGAAUACGCAGGUCGUAGUAUGGUGUGUUUGGUGGCCGGCGUGGCUUCUUGGUAUGUUUUCCUUGCAUGGGAAGCCAAGUUCAGAAUUAUAA